ACCUGGAGGCACCCAAAUUCGAGAUCAGAGCCGGGCGCGCCCCAGCUCUAAUCGGAUUGCGUCCUGGCACGGAUCCUCCCCUGCGUGGGCGUGGAAGCGCGCGCGCCCUCCCCUCCCAGACUUGCAAGCGCAGCCUCCGCGCCACAAGGGACAAGCGACGCGCCUCUCCGCCCGCCGAGGGGCGCUUCAUGCGCGGAUUCCCUCGUGGGUCGGAGCCGGGCUCCAUCCAGGCAGCUGCGCCCUCGGAGGAAAAGGGAGAGGCGGCUAAAAGCGCGCGGGCGCUGCGUCCUUGGAACCGCUCGGGGCUGCGGUUACGCAACCAGCCGUUCGGGUGGUUCAAGGAGAAGCCGCAAAGAUAGCCUCUGGGCAUACGCAGAGCGCCUUUCCCUUCGCUCCUCCUGGAAGCCAUCUCCGACGCCGCCAUCUCCUGUCCUUCCGUCUAGCUUUAUUUUUAAGAUUUUAUUGAAGGUUGGCAACGGUAGAGGACUCAAGGAAAGCCCAAAUAGACACCGUGUCCCGUGGAGAGGGAGUCCUGGGCGUCCCUGCUGGUGGUGCAGAAUAUUUUUUUAAAAGCAGCAAACAGCACAGAAUUCUCCAGGGUCCUCCCAGGCUUUGGCAACGCAUCACGGUAAGUGGAAAGAGGCGUCUUCCCCCCCCCCAACCCCUCCAGAGUUCUAUACUGCAUUUCUAUGCUGGCCAUUUCCUCAAUUAAUUUUAUUUAUUUACUGCGUUUCUAUCCCGCUUUUCUCUCCGAGGAGCUCCAUGCGCUGUGUUUGGUUUCCUCCCUCUUUGCUUAAUGCCCAGACUGGGAGGCAGCCAGCGGCCCCAGGUGAGAUUGAUGGCUGAGGGGCCUCUUCCCAGACCCCCGUUUAUCACCUGUCAUCUCUGCUACACCUCCAUUUCCAACCUCUGAUUUCAGUCCUUUAAUGGUUUACUGUUUCUUCCCUUCUGCGACUUUAAUCUCUGACUUCCUGUUUGCAUUUGUUUACUUUUCACUGUUUUAUAACUGCAUAUUUUAAUGGAUGUUCGUUAUUCUUCUCCCACCUGGGAAUCUCACCCUUUUGGAUCAGGGCCAGGGAACCUUUUCCAGCCCAGGGCCUUGCAGAGCCAGGCAGGUAGAUAAUGUGCCCCCCCCUUUUUUUACCCUGGGGAUAAGUCUUAUAAAUAAGUAUAUAACUAAUUUUCACAAAAGUUAUGCUGACAAAUAACAUUAUUUCAAGGCUUGAGCCGUAUCUGCAUAUAAAGACAACAUGGAAAAUAUGGAUAAAUAUUCUGACCGAGGCUCCCUUUGGAAUCAAGUGGCCCAUAUGGCCCCCGCCCCCUCUGUCUGGGCCUGUGGGGGCCACAUUCCCUUCUCAGCCUUUGGGGGGGUGCAUGCCAGUGGUGGGCGGGGCCAGAGGCAGAAGUGGGUGGAGCAACAGCUUUCCUUUUACUUUGGUGCAGCAGGGCAAGUCUCUACACGUUCUAGGCAAGCAGGAGAAUUGAAGGACACAUUUCAGCCAGGUAAGAGCACUCCUGGAGGGUGCAAAGUGGGGCCAGUGAGGACUGUGGCCUGGGAAGAGUCCUGUGGGCCAUACAGUGGUACCUCAGGUUACAGACGCUUCAGGUUACAGACUCCGCUAUGAGAACAGAAAUCGUGCUCCGGCUGCGCAGCAGCAGCGGGAGGCCCCAUUAGCUAAAGUGGUGCUUCAGGUUAAGAACAGUUUCAGGUUAAGAACGGACCUCCAGAACGAAUUAAGUUCUUAACCUGAGGUACCACUGUAUACGGAUACCUGGAGGGCUGCAUUGGGACCCCAGGUGCGAGGCUCCCCACCUUUCUCUUUAAGAAACAUUUUUAAAACUCACCUUUUCCCUCUUGCUCCUUCAGCCGUGUCUCCUAUCUCAGCUCCUCCACGUCUUUAGCAUGCCGGAAGGUCCAGAAUUGUUCCUAAACAGCCGGUACAUCAACGAGGAGUGCGGGGGCCUCGUUUUCUCAGGUAAAGUGGAGAAGUCGGAAGUGAGCAAGAAUCCAGAGGUGCCCUUUGAGAGCGACAGGUACCUGAUCUCGGCCGUGUCGAGGGGCAAGGAACUGAAACUCACCCUCACGCCUCUCAAACAGGAGGGCCUGGCUCCUUCCAAAAGGCGGGUCUCCGCAGCCCGAGGGAAGCAGGCAGCUGAAGAGCCAAUGGAUAUCAUCUUCCGUUUUGGUAUGUCUGGCAACUUCAAAUUUGUCCCCGUGUCCGAGAUGCCAAAGCAUGCGCACCUGCGCUUCUACACCCGAGGAAGCCCGCCCCGUGCCCUCUGCUUCGUGGACUUCCGCCGAUUUGGCCGAUGGGAGGUGAGCAGUUCCUGGCAGGUGGACCGAGGGCCCUGUGUGAUGCUGGAGUAUGAGAAGUUCAGGUGAGGAUCGCCCGUACCGGCUGCCCCAAGGCGCUUUGCCGCCUGAGGCAAAGCAGUGUCCCCUGUCUCCCCCCCCCCCAGUGGCAUAAUAUCCGGGGCUGGUAAAGUUGUUUUGGCCCCUCAAUUUGGGUGAAUUUCCCACCUCCUCUGCUGCCCCUUUCGUCACAUCCACACUCAUUCAUUCAUUUAUUUAUUUUUUAAUUUAUUUUUUAUUGACUUAAGAAAAUUAUUGGUGGUUCAUGGUAGAAUUCUUGCCUGCCCCCCCCUCAUUCAUUUAUGAAAGCAACUGGCUUCCUCCUGACAUCUUGGGAAAAGAAAAGACCCUUCAAAAAUGGGAGGUGGUCUUGUUCUGACUUUAUUUAUUUAUACCCCACCUUUUCCCCAACAGGAACUUGAGGCGGCUUACAGAUAAAAUAGGAGCAGCUGAAAACAUUGGGGGGGGGGCAACCCCAUAGUUAUUUUAAAAAAAACAACCCAAUGAAAUAGUAAUAGAAUUAAAAUAUAUUUGUAUAUAAAAGAUCUCCAUCUUUCUAGGUGGGGCCUGGAUCAGAUAGAUUUGUUUUGAUUGGUGUGGGACACAGCAGGCUCUGACUGGUGAUUGGCUGGGGAAAUGAAUGGCUCUCAUUUAGCCCUUAGGCUUCGCUGUGAAGGUGCUUUGUUCCCAAAAUGAAAAUGUGUGAAGUACCACUUUGCCUAUGUGGAAAACCGGCUUUACUUCAUACGCUCCUCCGUGGGCCCACUGCUGCUGUCCCCAUAGCUGUUAUUCUGGCCCAGGGUCAUCCAGUAAGCUUCAUAGCUGAGUGAGGAUUUGAACCCUGCUCUCCAACACGCUAACCACUAUGUCACACUGCCAUUUCGUUUCCAUCAUGUGUUUGUGCAAAGCUUUAGACUCCUGUUAAGCCCAGGGCUUGGGGAGCCUCACACCAAAUGCAGCCCCCACUUCACCUGGUCCUUGGGAAGUCUUGUCAAAUCAUGCCCCUCUCGCUAGGCUUCCCUUCUCAGCAACCUCUUUGAGACCUUUGGCCGGGCUGGAAUGUGCCCUUGAACUGGGAUAACGCCUCUUGCUUGCCAGGCCACUUUUGCCUUUGCCCCCAACCCCCCGGUAGGUUGUGAUGUGGCCCUUCGGAUAAAAAAGACUGACGCUAAGUGGCCCUUUUAACAAGCCCUCCUCUCUUCCAGGGAAAACGUGCUGAGGAACCUCUCGGACAAGGCUUUUGACAAGCCCAUCUGCGAGGCUCUGCUAAACCAGAGGUUUUUCAAUGGUGUUGGCAAUUACCUCCGGGCUGAGAUUCUCUACAGGUGAGCAGGUGUCUGACUCUCGCUUGUGCCCGGGGAGCAGAGUCUGCCAGGCUGGGAGCAUUCCUGCCCAGGUCGCUCUGGUCCUGGAAACCUCUGUAAUUGUGGGCACAAGCGAUGACUCCUCUUUUGUGUUGUCCCCCUCCUUGUGCAACUCCCUCCCCGUGAAGCUGCACACGACCUCUGUGCUGCAAAAUUGAAGCAGAUAUUCUUCAACCAUCAAGGCCCUUUCAGGAGCUGUCCACAAAGGGAGAGUUUUUGAGUUCUGACAUUGCUGUCCUGUCAUGUUUUUCACUAACCUUUUGAAAAGUGCUUUCUUGAAAAAUUGCUGCAAUCGGGGCUUACUUUAAAAAGGUAAAGGUACCCCUGCCCGUACAGGCCAGUCGUGACCGACUCUAGGGUUGCGUGCUCAUUUUGCUCAAGAGGCCGGAAGCCGGCGCCGUCCGAAGACACUUCCGGGUCGCGUGGCCAGUGUGACGAAGCUGCAACUGGCGAGCCAGCACCAGCGCAGCACACAGAAACGCCGUUUACCUUCCCGCUAUAAAGCGGUACCUAUUUAUCUACUUGCACUUAGGGGUGCUUUCGAACUGCUAGGUGGGCAGGAGCUGAGACCCGAACGACAGGAGCUCACCCCACUGCGGGGAUUCGAACCGCCGACCUUACGAUCAGCAAGUCCUAGGCACUGAGGUUUUACCCACAGCGCCACCCGCGUCCGGGGCUUACUUUAACAGUUGUGAAUUACGUUGUGUUUGAUAUCGUGAGCUGUCUUGGGUGGGUUGUGCUCAGGUAGGUAGCAUAUAAUGCAAAAUUUAACCUGUUUUUAGUUUAUUAAGACUUUUUGCAAGUCUUAAAUUGUUGUUAAUUCUUAUUAGUAACUUCAUUGUUGUAUUUUUCUUGUAAACUGUUUUUGAGGGUUUUUAAAAAUAAAAUUUCAUGACAUUUGCACAGUGUCACUGAAAUCUCACCGUUCCAAUUCUUUGGCAGUCAUUUGAAAUCAUUUCUGUGGCCUCUUGCAGGUUGAAAAUCCCUCCCUUUGAGAAGGCACGGACUGUUCUGGAGGACCUGAAGCCCCGGGAACAGGUGAGAGGACGCGAGGAGGAUCCCACUGGAUCAGACCACAGGUCCAGUCAGCACCCUGCUUCCUGACUCCAGGCUUCCUAUUAGCAAGGAGGGAGUUUUCUUGCUCUGUUACUCAGCCUUUCUCAUCCCAUCACGUGGAACAGGUCACUGUCCUUCCGCUUUAGGUCUUUGGGUGUCGCUGGACCACAGCUCCUAUCGGUUCCAGCUGCCUCAGCCAAUGGCUGGGGGAUUGGGAGCCGCACCUCCAAAAGGAUGUUGUAGAGUUGGGUAAGAUUCAGAAAAGGGGGGCCAAAAUGAUCGGGGGGGUGUGGAGUGACACUCCUACAAAUGAAGUUCGCAAUGUUUGGGACUUUUUAGUUUAGAGAAAAGGCAAGGAAGAGGCAACAAGAUAAGACAUUUAUAAAAUUAAGCACAGCAUGGAGAAUAAUAAUAAUAAUAAUAAUAAUUUAUUAUUUAUACCCCACCCAUCUGGUUGGGUUUCCCCAGCCACUCUGGGCGGCUUCCAACAGAACACUAAAAUACAAAAACCUAUUAAACAUUAAAAGCUUCCCUAAACAGGGCUGCCUUCAUCUGGUGGGAGGGUGUUCCACAGGGUGGGUGCCACUACCGAGAAGGCCCUCUGCCUGGUUCCCUGUAAGUUGGCUUCUCGUAGCGAGGGAACCACCAGAAGAAGGCCCUUGGAGCUGGACAUCGGUGUCCGGGUAGAACAAUGGGGGUGGAGACGCUCCUUUAGGUAUACUGGGCUGAGGCCGUUUAGGGCUUUAAAGGUCAGCACCAACACUUUGAGAUGUGCUCAGAAACAUACUGGGAGCCCAUGUAGGUCUUUCAAGACCGUAGUUAUGUGGUCUCAGUGGCUGCUCCCAGUCACCAGUCUAGCUGCCGCAUUCUGGAUUAGUUGUAGUUUCCAGGUCACCUUCAAAGGUAGCCCCACAUAGAGCACAUUGCAUAGUCCAAGCGGGAGAUAACCAGAGCAUGCACCACUCUGGCAAGACAGUCUGCGGGCAGAUAGGGUCUUAGCCUGCGUACCAGGUGGAGCUGGUAGACAGCUGCCCUGGACACAGAAUUGACCUGCGCCUCCAUGGACAGCUGUGAGUCCAGAAUGACUGUAAUGAGUAGAGAAACAUUUUUCUCCCUUUCUUGUAACGCUAGAAUUCAUGGACAUCCAACGAAACUGAUUUGGGACAGUUAAUAUAAAGUACUAUUUCACAUGGUGCAUAGUUAAAUUAUGGAACUGUCUCCUAGAUGUCUUUGAAAGAGGAUGAGAUAAAGAGAGAGCUAUUGAAGGCUACUGUUAAUUCUGGAUACCAGUGGCUGGAAGCCACAGGAGUGCGGGGAGAGGGCUCUUGUGUUCAGGUUCUGCUUGGUUCUGCUUGCAGGUUUGCCAGAGGCAUCUGUUUGGCCACAGUGAGAACAGGAUGCCGGACUAUAUCCGCCAUUGGCCUGGUCUAGCAGGCUGUGCGUAUGUUCCUACGCCCUUCUUCAGUGUGCAUGCCUGCAGGGAGAAAACCUUUGUGUGCAUAUUGAUACCACCUGGAAUUGUGGUCAUGCAAGGCUCAAAACAUUAUGGAAACCUUUGCUGCAUCUCUGCAGAUGUUUGCAUGGACAUGAGGGAGCCAGACUAUCUGACAUGUGCGGUGUGGGGAUGUGGGGCAAAGCUACUUGGCGUAGCUUCACUCAUGCAUUCAGCUUACUCACGAGAAUAGCUUUUCUUUUUUUAAUUUACUUAUUUAGAGCCGCUUGUGCCAGGCUCCUCAGUCAAAAAGGCUCCCAGAGCAGCUUACAAUCUAAAACACACACACACACACACAGAGGAAAAGGAACAGGGAGAGAAGAGGAAACUCAAAACCCAAACUCAGGCACCAAUUUCUAAACAGUACAGUCAUGCCUCAUGUUACGUUCUUUCAGGUUACGUCCCACGGCGACCCAGAAGUACCGGAAAAGGUUAUUUCCUGGUUUUGCCGCUCACACAUGCGCAGAAGGGCUAAAUUGCGCUGCAAACCUGCACAGAUACGGCGCUUCAGGUUGCGCUUUUUUCAUGUUGCGAACGGGCCUCCGGAAUGGAUCCCGUUCGCAACCAGAGGUACCACUGUAGUUCCUCUCAUGAGCGACUGGCACAAUUCAGGGGCAGGAGGUGCCCGGUUGUCAUGGUAUUGCCAGAGAUUGCAGGGGAGGAGCAGGAACAGGCAGAGGGAGGUGGGCAGGAAGUGGCGAUUGAGGAAGGAGGGGAGAGCCAGGAGGUGGGACGGCUCUCAGAUGUUGAACCAGAGCCUCAGCACCGCACAGGAAGUUCUGGCACAGACAGUGAGACAAUGCCUAUUCUGUCUGCCAGGGAAAGGAGAGAGUUAAAGAGGAGGGGGGAGAGGCAUCACGUGAAACUUCCCCGCUUUUUCUGUUGGAGAAGAAGCUGGCGUAAGCCACUCCCAGAAUCUGAGCCGGAGGAUUCAGAUGCAUUAUUGUAAUACGCUGCCUGUGUUGUUGUUGUUUAGUCGUUUAGUCGUGUCCGACUCUUCCUGACCCCCUGGACCAGAGCACGCCAGGCACUCCUGUCUUCCACUGCCUCCCGCAGUUUGGCCAAACUCAUGCUGGUAGCUUCGAGAACACUGUCUAAACAUCUCGUCCUCUGUCGUCCCCUUCUCCUUGUGCCCUCCAUCUUUCCCAACAUCAGGGUCUUUUCCAGGAAGUCUUCUCUUCUCAUGAGGUGGCCAAAGUAUUGGAGCCUCAGCUUCAGGAUCUGUCCUUCCAGUGAGCACUCAGGGCUGAUUUCCUUCAGAAUGGAUAGGUUUGAUCUUCUUGCAGUCCAUGGGACUCUCAAGAGUCUCCUCCAGCACCAGAAUUCAAAAGCAUCAAUUCUUCGGCGAUCAGCCUUCUUUAUGGUCCAGCUCUCACUUCCAUACAUCACUACUGGGAAAACCAUAGCUUUAACUAUACGGACCUUUGUUGGCAAGGUGAUGUCUCUGCUUUUUAAGGUGCUGUCUAGGUUUGUCAUUGCUUUUCUCCCAAGAAGCAGGCGUCUUUUAAUUUCGUGGCUGCUGUCACCAUCUGCAGUGAUCAUGGAGGCCAAGAAAGUAAAAUCUCUCACUGCCUCCAUUUCUUCCCCUUCUAUUUGCCAGGAGGUGAUGGGACCAGUGGCCAUGAUCUUCGUUGCUGUUUCAGACCAUAUUUUGCGCUCUCCUCUUUCACCCUCAUUAAAAGGUUCUUUAAUUCCUCCUCACUUUCUGCCAUCAAGGUUGUGUCAUCUGCAUAUCUGAGGUUGUUAUUUCUUCUGGCAAUCUUAAUUCUGGCUAGGGAUUCAUCCAGCCCAGCCUUUCGCAUGAUGAAUUCUGCAUAUAAGUUAAAUAAGCAGGGAGACCAUAUACAGCCUUGUCAUACUCCUUUCCCAAUUUUGAACCAAUCAGUAGUUCCAUAUCCAGUUCUAACUGUAGCUUCUUGUCCCACAUAGAGAUAUGUAAAAUAAAGACUGUUUCUAUGUAUCUCUGUGUGAGCAGAGGCAUUUCUUGCAAAGAGCAUUCACAAGCCAUCACACCGAUGGAGCUGGGCCUCCAGCAAAGCUGAUGACACGAGCCUUCUGCUUCCUAUCUGCCCUGCUGAGGUCACCUGGGGGGAUGCCUGGCUCCAGGGGAGAGCUGAGGGGAGAGGAAGCCUGAUGGCGCCAGUGGAGGGAGCCCUGCUUCCCAGCACUCCCAUUGAGUUUUAUUUUUAGCACAUUAGUCUUUGGGUGUAUGUAUGAGAGAACCUGGAGGAAGGAUGAAGGCUGUAUGGGAAGCACCUUAGUUGGGUCCUCUUUUGCUCGGCCUCCCUUGACUGCUGGCCUUCCCCUUGCAGGCACCUGGGCUAACCUCUAGGAAAAAGGUGAAGCCGAAACAGGAGACCCCCGACCUGCUGGAGCUCUGUCACCUGGUGCCCAUGGAGGUUGUGAAUCUGGGUAAGGACCAGGUUGAGGACAACCCAAAAUGCUUCCCCUCCAUAUUCUGUGUAUCAUUCAAGAGCUGCAAAAGUGUGUAGGUUUGAGGGGGGUGGAUGGUUUGAUGGAUGGAUUUUUAUUUCAUAAAAUUUAUACACUGCUAGUUUUUUUUUAAAGCAUCUAAGUGGAUUUGCAGGGUUGGAGUGAAAUUUGAGGCGGGGUGGAGGCAAACUUUGCUACCCUUCAACUUGUUGCUUCUCCUCCCAAGUAAAUAUGUACGGUGGUACCUUGACUAAAGUCCAGUCUAUUAUAAGUCCGUUUUGGACUAAGUCCAAUUGCAACCCAGAAAUGAGUGCUCCGGGUGCAACACAGAGGUGAUAUUUGGAGGAUUUGUUUUUGCUUUUUUUGCAUUUUGGUUUGUGUGGCUUUUUCGGUUUUUUGACUGUGACUUCGUUUUAUGGGACUGACCUGUGACUGUGGCUUGUGACUUGGUUUUUGUGACUUGUUUUUGUGACUAUGCGGAACCCAGUUCAGCUACUGGUUGAUUGUGGUGUGUCUGCAGAAAUGGAUAAAAGCCCCCCAUCCAAACAAUGACUAUCAUCAGUGCCCGUAAGAAAAAAAAUAAAUGUUAAUUUUUUUCAUCUACAAUACUGUCUUAUUUAUUUUAUAGUACAGUAACAUUGAUUAUUGCCUUCAUUUUAUGGAUCAAUGGUCUUGUUAGACAGUAAAAUUCGUGUUAAAUUGCUGUUUAAGGGGGUGUUUUUCAUUGUCUAGAACGGAUCAAUCCAUUUUCAAUUUCUUUCUAUGGCAAAGCACACCUUGUUUUAAGUCCGCUUUGUUUUAAGACCGGAUUACAGUCUUAAACCAAGAUACUACUGUACAGGGUUAGUGUGUACAGCUUGAGAGGGUGGGAAUGCAGUUCUGCAUUCACAUUUCUCCUUGCCUUUUCCCAAUAGGUGGCAAAGGUUAUGAUCCCGUUAGGACGUCUGAUUACACCAUGUUCCUGGAGUGGACUCAGUGCUAUUUCGUCCCAGGCAUGCAGACCCUGCGCGAUGCCAACGGCAGGACCGUCUGGUUCCAGGUAGGAGCCUGAGGGAAGGACACCAGUUCCUUUCCUGGGGGUGGGGUGUUGCAGUGUGUUGGCCCCUCUUCCAUCAAGGUUGGAUAACAUGUGGCCCUCUGUGAGCAUUUCAAAAUGUCAUGGUCUGUAAAUCUCGGCAUCUGGAAAACAGCGUGAAAUAACCUGAGGGUUAAACCACAGAGCCUAGGACUUGCCGAUCAGAAGGUUGGCGGUUUGAAUCCUCGCGACGGGGUGAGCUUCCAUUGCUUGGUCCCUGCUCCUGCCCACCUAGCAGUUUGAAAGCACGUCAAAGUGCAAGUACAGUGGUACCUCGGGUUAUAUACACUUCAGGUUAUAUAUGCUUCAAGUUACAGACUCCGCUAACCCAGAAAUAGCACCUCGGGUUAAGGACUUUGCUUCAGGAUGAGAACAGAAAUCAUGCUCUGGCGGUGCAGCAGCCGCGGGAGGCCCCAUUAGCUAAAGUGGUGCUUCAGGUUAAGAACAGUUUCAGGUUAAGAACGGACCUCUGGAACAAAUUAAGUACUUAACCUGAGGUACCACUGUAGAUAAAUAGGUACUGCCCUGGCGGGAAGGUAAACGGCGUUUCCGUGCGCUGCUCUGGUUCGCCAGAAGCGGCUUAGUCAUGCUGGCCACAUGACCCGGAAGCUGUACGGCGGCUCCCUCGGCCAAUAAAGCGAGAUGAGCGCCACAACCCCAGAGUCAGCCACAACUGGACCUAAUGGUCAGGGGUCCCUUUACCUUUAGCUUUACCUAGUUGUUUGUGUCUUAUGUUCCCAGCACCAAAACUCAAGAUGAGGUUUUUGUUUUUUGUACUGAUUACAUUCUGGGCCAUCUUCUUCCCUUGCAGGGCAAUCCUGGACCGAUGGCCCCAAAAGGUGAGUAUCAGGGGCCCCUUGGAUCGCCUGUCAGUGAUUUCUCCUGGAUAUCGAUACAUUGGGUUGCGAAGGGAGCAAAUAGUUUUUGAUCCAGCCUCUCACAGGGCUUGUUAAGUAAAGAUUUAGGCUUUUAAACAGGGAGACUCCUUGCUCUUCCUUGAGGACGUCUUUCAUCUUAAUAUACCCUGAUGUGCCUCCAAAACAAGGCCAACUUCUACAGUGCUUGAUUGGGAGAUGUAGGUUGGUUGCUCAAAGGCAAAAGGUGGUAGGUUGUGGAGGUGCUACUCGAGUACGCACUUUGCUGUUAAUAUUUGUUGUAUUGAUAUCCCACCUUCUCCGUGCAGCUCAAGGUGACUUACAUGGCUCCCCCCCCCUCAAUCUAAAUUAAUCCCUACAACCCUGUGAAGUAGCUUAGGCUGGAAGUGAAUGACUGGCCCAACAAUCAUCCAGUGAGUUUCAUGACGAAGUGGUGGAUUCGAACUCUGGUCUCCCAAGCCCUAGUGUGACACUCUAACCAACUACACCACCACUGGUGUAACAUAGGCAUGACUAACAUAGGGCUGUUUUUAUGGGUCUAUUCUUUACUUAGUUGACUACGAACCCCAAACUGCACUGAGGAUCUUUAAAAGGUCAAUCCUUUAUUAGGCAUAGCAAGCCACACAUUAUCAAACAAACACCGUAUACAAAUUGUGCAAAAUACGAAUUCAGCAUAACAGGGUUUGUCCCAGUGAGAUCUUUAACUCCAGAGAAAAUCAAUUUGCAUAAAUAAUACAAUAUAACACUACCACAUCACUGAUCAAUUAAGAACCACUAAAUCUCUUUAUAAUGGCCCAGUCUUUCUACAUGGACAGCACUCAAAAAUUCAGCCAAUAUUAAAGUAAUUUGAUCAUUCUUGUCCGAGAGCAGGUCUUGAACCAUUGGUGGCAUAGAAUUGAGCCUGUUAAGUUGUAAGGCCUCUAAUAAUUGUCUUCUGGCAUAAAUGCCAAAAUCGCAAGAAAAUAAAAUAUGCUCCAAAGUAUCAGGUUCCUGUUUACUACAUUUGCAGAGGCGUUCUGCUUCUGGGAGAGCUAAAUAUCUUCCCACUGAGGAUCUUUGGAAGAACCAUAGCUGAGUUGCAGAGUCCUUAAUUUGGAUGCAGAAGGUCACAGGUUCAAUCCCAGGUCUCUCUAGGUAGAAGGAUCAGAUAUGCAUAGACUCAUCUCUGUGCUUAAGACACCAGAGAGCCGCUACCAGUCGGCAAAUGAGGCAGCUUCCUCUUCUCUUCUAUGAUUUUGGACGCAACAGAGACAUUUUAAGAUAACGCUGGCAAAACUGGGACUGGACCUUUUGUUUUGUUUUGCAGGAGGAAAGCCACGCAAGAGACAGUUGAAAGUAAAACCUGAUCCUGAUACCUCAAGCUCCAAGGUAAGGCAGCUCUUUUUCAAAAAAAAUAGAAUUUUAAAAUUGAUUUUCCAAUAUCGUUCCAAUAACAGCCUCAUUAUAACAAUGCCAAAUUUAUCCAAUUAAAAAAAUUAUUAAAACCAAUUAUUUAUAUACUGAAUUAUAUGAUUCAGUUAAAGUGACUUCCUCACAUGCUAGUUUUGAUGGGUUCUUCUUUGCUUUCUUUAAAAUUUUCUGCGUUCCAAAAUCUUAAUAAUUUCAGUUACAUUCCCUUCAAGAUAGUAAUCCCUUAUACAACAACUACAGUCUUUUGGUUUCAAUUGGUAUUAAUAUAUUAAGUAACAUAAAGUUUCAAGUGAGGUACUCAGACUGUUCUUUGUUGUUCUUUCCUGCAUGUAGUAAUUUUCCCAUGAUAUUGUCCUAGCCAUAUAUAAUGUUGUGCCCUUCAAUCUUCCAACUGUUGAUAUUUCCCAUCAUGACUCGGGGGAAGCAGUUGUCUCACAGUUUUCCAAAAGCCUCUGUGUCACUUUGUCCUGUGAUUCAGGAGCUUGUUAGAGACCCCUCUGUUCUAACAAAUAAACUGUCCUCGCCGUUUUUUUCCAGCCUAGGAAGAGCGCUCUGAUUCCAAACUGCAAAUCAUUAAUAGGAAAACCUCUGACCUUGCAGCUGUCAGACUCCUUUCCUCCUUUCAGCUGAAAAAAAUAUAGUCCAUUAUCUUUCCAGUUAGAUUACAUUCCAAAUUGUCGCAGUUUCCUUUGCAUUCCUUUGAAAAUAGCAGAGCACGGGGGUGGUUUCGUUCUGUAUUCCAACAUAGUCCUUUCAAAGGGUGAAACUUCCCCCUCUUUCUCUCUCUCUCCAUUCCAUUCCUCUCACACAUGCAGUUCCAGUUUGAUGUUAAAUUUCAUGUUAUUAAUCCAGUUUCUCCCAACCUCACUUUUUAUAGUGCCUUUGCCUGCCCUCGCAUUCCAUAGGGAAGUAAGAGAGGAAUUCAAAUAAUGAGUUUCCCCCAUCGUUCUUUAUCUCCGUCUGUCUCUGUGAUUCCUGCAUUGUGGGGUUUGAGACCUUCAGCCUCUACAAUUCCAUUAUUCUAUCUCGCAGGUGUACACUUGAAUUGCGGAGGUGAAAUCCAGCUCUGCUUUGUCUCUCCUAGGUCACAAAACUGGAGACUGUGGCCAGUAUUCCUCAGAAAGAUGUUGUGGGAACAAGAAAGUCUGGAAGGAAGAAAGGGAAGAGAAUUGUCCCCCAAACAGAGGACCACACUAUGGUUAAGGAAGCCAAGGUACCAAACACCAGAACUCGGAGAAAGGUUUCUGCCUUGCAGCAAUCUCCAUCACCAGAUUCUGUGGCUGAAUCCCAAAAGAGGCGAGGAUCAACCCGGAAAACCAGGGGUAAGAAGAGAUGUGAUCUGGCUUCAGAGUUUGGAAGCGGGGCACAGAAGGUGGAAAUGAUUAUUGGAUUUUGAAAAGCUGCUAUCACUGGAUCCAAUUCAUCAAUUUUGCUGAAUUAAAUAAUUUAUAUUGGAUUUUUAAGAAACGCACAACUAAUCGUUAUCAAGUUGAAUUGUACUGUGUUAUCAUCUUCCUUAGUAGGUUGGGCAAACCACUCUUUUGAAUAAUGCUUUUGAUAGGGUGGGGUAGAGCACUGGGAUGGUUCAAUGGAACUGGGUGGGCCGGUGUUGGGAUACUGCCAGGGAGACAGUCAUCUCCAGACGAUCCAUCGGUCUACCGUAGAACAGCAUCAGUCAGUUAGCAACACGAGCCUCAGACACAUUCCAGGACUCGUGCACGCCCUUUUCAGCAGACUCCGCAACAGAAGGUGCACCCAGAAGAGCAUAUUUACAACUUUAUUCAGCGUUGGUCAGAACAAAGGAAAAACAUGACUGCAUGCCUUCGUGUCGAGGCAACAGAAGGAAAACGAAAGCUAUAUACAAAAAGGAAACUUCCUGUGAGCAGGAAGUACGCAGGCUUGUGACGCACAACAGCCUGCUCCCUUUUUAAGGAGGAACGGAAAUAUCCUAACAGUGUGUAGCCCCCAAAGGCUUGGUAACCACUGGCCUAGACCUUGCUGGGUGCCAGCGACCAUCAUUCCCGACCAUUUGCAAUGCGUGAUGGGAACUGGGCAGCGCAGAGUUGGAACUAUGGAACUCACUCCCGCAGGAGGCAGUGAUGGGCACCGACCUAGAUGGCGGCUUUAAAAGAGGAUUGGACAAAUUCAUAGAGGAGAAUUUGUGCCUGAUGGCUCUGCUCUGCCUCCAUGGCCAGAGGCAGCAAUGCUUCUGAAUACCAGUUGCUGGAAACCACUAUAAGGCUCUUGUGCUCAGCUUGUUUGUGGGUUUCCCAUUGGGGCUUCUGGUUGGCCACUGUGAGACCAGGAUGCUGGACUAGGUGGGCCAUUUGCCUGAUCCAACAGGGGGGUUCUUAAGUUUGUAUGGGACUGCAGGUUCCCACUCCCUGAACGCCCACAUGUCUGGCCUGCAAGCCAUCUAACUAACUGCUAUUCCUUUUCAGGUACUGCUGCUGUUUCCACCAGACCCAGGCAGGUGAAGGCACAGUAACAUUCCUGAUGCAGAACAUCCUCCUCCCCUUCUCAGCCAUGUGCUGCUGAGGCAAAAGGGGGUAUAAACUCCUGGACGAUGCUCACAUAGCUGCCUUAUGUUGGUUUCUGGAUCCUGGCCUGGCAACAGGCAACACGGUGGGAAUUGUCUGCUUUGUCACUUAUGUGCUUUUUCAAGUCCUGCUAGGAACAUAUAGCAGAGCUACUAUGAGGCCUUUUAUACACUGAUUUGCUUUCUGGAAAUGCCACUGUAGAUUCAGGCCACAGUCUCAGCCCCGAUUCCAAACAGCGAGUAGGCUUCGCGUAUGCCACCACUGGAAGAGAUCUUUCUGCUCUGGGUGUCAAGGCCUGCGUUAAAGAGAGGGUUCUCUUGAUACAAUGGAACCUCUAUUUGCGACCAUAAUCUAUUCCGGAGGUCCGUCCGGAGUUCGAAACACAUCGCUGGGAGAGGCACUGUUGUGCGCAGGCGGCAAUUCCCCGCUUCUGUGCAUGCACAAACAGCGAUUGUCGCUCCUGCGCAUGCACGAACAGCGGCAAACCCGCUGGAUACUUCUUGGUUUGCCGCUGCUGUGCAUGUGCAAACGGCGGCAAACCCACCGGUUACUUCCGGGUUUGCCGCGGUCACGACUUGGAACGACCGUGAGAAGAGGUGGUGGUAAGUUGAGGUUCGACUGUAUAUUCACAACAGAGGAAUGACAUAGCUCAGCCUCCUCCAAUCUGGGAGCUGUUGCAGGGGCUUCUGGUAGGGGAAAUCUAGCUCAACUCAUCAGCAGAUAGUUUUCGCUUGGUUUGGGGUAUAAUUGCACUGUUGUAUAAUCCGCAAGAAGAAUCCACAAGCUGAUGGCAUUACCUCCAGCUCCUCCAAGACCUGGACUCUUGGCGCUGCAAUUUAAGGUGAAAUGAGUCUUGCCGUGUUGCUUCCUGAAAAGAGAUGUCAGAGGUUCUACCUUCUGAACAAGGUGAGGGCCCAUUAUACACCUGUGCAUUUAAGGUGCAGGUUGUUCGAUGCAGCUAGCAGGGGACUGCAGCGGGAAUGAAGUUUAAGCCGUUCCAGUUUCCCCCAGAGCAAAUGACACCUUCAUACUACUUGCAUUAAAAACAACACCACUGACACAUUUAACAUCAUGUCUAGAUUGGCCUUUGGAUCAGGAGCACAAGAGCAGAGCUCAGCUGCUGAAACGGUUGCAGUAUUUCCUUCUCAGCCUUAUUCUGACAGGAAUCUUCUCUGGGGCUCAGGAGCUACAUGGAUAAUUCAUGUCAACACUUCAGCUGAUCAGUCAGAUAUCUAGAGGUAGUUCUGUUCAGCAAGGAGUGGGAUUUAAUCCACUGCUACAUUACCUCCUAGAUUUGAAAGAAACGUGCAUUUUAACAGUUACUCAGUCAAAUACUUUCUACCCUUGGUGAUUAUAUUCUUGGUGAUUAUAUUUCUAUCUCUCCUUUGAUUAUAUUCUUACGGUGCUUUUUGGUGCAAAUAAAGAUUUUUUUUCUAGAAAUGAUGGUGUUGUAGGGUGUGGUGCUAUGAUGAGACAAUUGUCAAGAAAAAGUCCUAAGUACAGUACUGGUGCCCCACUCUGAGAGCCAGUGUGGUGUAGUGGUUAAGAGUGGUA